AGCAUGCACUGCGGCAAGGGCGGCCCUCGGGAAGCCCAGUCCACCGGGCGCUAGGGAGGAGCGAAGUGCAGCAGGGACCUGGCAGUCAGAUUGGGCUUAUCCAGCGGCAUGGCAAUGGAUGAGCGUAGAGGAAAAGAAAGAGUACAGUGGACAACCACCAUUAUUAUCAGCUCAUCUCUUAAGAGUUACGAAAUUGCAACUGCCCUAGAAAAUCGAAGCCACAAGGUUCGGUAUUCUGAUACACUGGAAAGUGGAUCGAUUGUAUUUUCUCUGUCUGGAGUUGCAUUCUUGUUGAUGGAUGCUAAGGAGUGUAUGACAUCGGCUGAGGAAAUAUUUGUAACCAAAAUUGAGAAGUUUAUUAACAUUCACCAAAAUAGUUUCUUGGUUCUAUUUGCUCCACUCCAUGGGCCUGAAGAAUGGAGUCUCAUGUUCAGGAUACAUCAGAGGUUCUUGGGCAGUAACUUACGAAUACUUCCUGUACACAACACAGUAAACGCUCUUGACCUUAUGUGCACUAUAGCCAAGACUACGUCCAAACCACACAUAGACAGCAUCUGCUACAGAAUGAUAACAACUAAAGCGUACAUCAUAGAGCAGAGCCCUGUCUGGAGAACACUUCAAAAGAUAAAAGGUAGACUUUGAUUUGAUUUCAAUGAGUUCUUCUACUCGAGCCAGAACACUUUCAAUCAAGUCAAAUGUGAAGAGAGCGGAAUGUAAGACCUGAAAAGUCAAGAGCAUCAUGUUGUCAUCACUGGUCUAGUGUUAAACAACCCAGACCAGCCUUCAGCUCACAGUCCUCCUGCAUCAGACUGGCCACUGCAGGGGUUCCAGGACCAUGAUCCCACCCCAGCAGACAUCUGUGUUAUUAGUGCUGCCUCUAAAACAAAGCAUACCAGAGACUUUAGGCUGGAGAUAGCUUAAAAUUUGUGGGUUACCUUAAGCUGCAUUUCAGGAGGCAUAGAAGGGAUUUCUUCUCCACCUACAGUCACGGAACAAACACCUUUACACAUUGAGGCUACUGUAGGGAAGAAAUAAAGCAUCUCACAUUUAGCCAUUACAACAGUUGAGGGUUUCAGCACCGUGUGUGUGCGCGCGCGCGUGUGUGUGUGUGUGUGUGUGUGUGUGUAGUACUGGGAAUCAAACCCAGGGUGUGUUGAACAUACUAGGCCAAUGCUUUACUGCUGAUUCCCAGCCCCAGCUCUCAGACUGUAGUACAUGUAUUUAUUCUGUGUGUACAUGUGUGGCAUGGUGCAUGUGUAGUAUGACAUGGAUUUAUUCUGUGUGUACAUGUGUGGCAUGGUGCAUGCGUAGUAUGACAUGGAUUUAUUCUGUGUGUACAUGUGUGGCAUGGUGCAUGCGUAGUAUGACAUGGAUUUAUGCUGUGUGUACAUGUGUGGCAUGGUGCAUGCGUAGUAUGACAUGGAUUUAUUCUGUGUGUACAUGUGUGGCAUGGUGCAUGUGUAGUAUGACAUGGAUUUAUUCUGUGUGUACAUGUGUGGCAUGGUGCAUGUGUAGUAUGACAUGGAUUUAUUCUGUGUGUACAUGUGUGGCAUGGUGCAUGCGUAGUAUGACAUGGAUUUAUUCUGUGUGUACAUGUGUGGCAUGGUGCAUGCGUAGGGGUCAGAGGGCGACUUGGAGGAGUUGGUUCUCUUCUUCCACCACUUGGGUCCCAGGGAUUGAAUCCAGGUUUUGGGCAUGACUGAUGGCAGGCACCUUUACCCACUGAGCUAUCUUGUCAUUUUAAUUGUACAUAGAUAAGCUACUUUAAUUGUUACUAAUUGUAAAAUGUGCUAAUGAGGUAACACUUUGUUAUAAACAAAUAAAAUUAAGCACUAGAAUUAAGCGAUAUGUGACUGAAUCUUCAGAGAAAUGGCUUUAUUUUGGCAUGUAUAGGACACAUAAAACAUUUUUCUUUAGUAUACUCAAGAGCCUAUACCAGGAGUGUAAGAUUACUGUACCAGAAUUGCCAACUUUAAAGAAGUAAUUCUGAAUCUAUAUUUCUUUUUUACAAUUUGUACAAAUUUACUCUGGGACAAUGAGGGGUGGACCAUGUGAUAUAAGAGCGUACAGUCGGGCCCGAGGAGAGAUGCUUGUAAUACACCCACUCACAUUCAGAGCCUGGGCUCUAAACACAGAGUUUCAAUGUGGUUUAAGCCUUCAUUAACCCAAUUUCAGUACUGGCUAAGAAUCAUAUUAAUUACACAAAUAUUGCUUUUAUGGCCCUCAUUUUUGCAUAAAGUGAACAUGUACUAAAAUGUGAUAGUUUGGGGCUAUAGAGACGCCUCAGUGGCUAAGAGUACUUACUGCUCUAAUACAGAGCCUAGGGUGUUUCCCAGCACCCACAUGGAGGUUCAAAAUCACUUGUAACUCCUGUUCCACGUGAUCAAGCAACCUCUUCUGACCUCCACAGGUUCAUGCACACAUACAGUACACAUAAAAUAAAUAUUUAAAAAAUAUGGUCAUUCCAGAAUUUGAAUGGUUAGACCUAAUGGCAAAUAAAAUUGCAUAUUACCAACCUUGGUUAUUUUGUUGGCUGUUUUUAAUUUCUGCUUCAUAAUGUGCUUUUGACAUAUUAAGUCCUAUAUGAAGUGGCUUUAGAAAGUUAUUUUCAAUUUUUCCAAGUUCUGUCCAUAAUCCAGUCUGUUCAAAAGAUUUAAUGAACAAAUUAGUUACUUGGUUCAGUUAAUAAACAUCCACCAAUUGUGAGAAAUAAUGAUCGUGCCACCGUGCUGCUCCGCAGUGAGUUCUGAUAUGUCAGUCAGCUGCACCCACCACCCCCCCCCACACACACACACAUCUUUUAAACAACUUCUCUUACACUGCUGGGAAAUGCAGAGGUCUAACAAGAAACUAGAUAUAAAUUCAAACUUCAAAAAUAUACCUAUCUAGUCCACCAGCAUCUAUAGAUUUGGAAAAACAAAGAUUAAUCUGUAAUGCUUGCAUUGUAGAGAAGACUUUAAAAGCAAUGUUUAAUGAAAGAGAAUGCAAGAAUAUGUCUCAUAACAGGAAAAUGUUAAGUAGUGGCAUAUUCGCAUAAUGGAAAACUACAUAGUCAUUACUUUUUUCUUGAAUAAAUAUUGUUGAAUGAAAGAAA